AUGUCUGGUGCUUGGCACACUGAGUCCCUGGAUCACCCAGAGGAGAACUCAAAACAGGUGAAGAGGGAAGCAAGAGAGACAAUUUCUUAUUCUCCAGUCCCAUCAACCAAACCUCGGACCAUGCCAAGACUGCUCAACUACGGUGUCUGUCUCUGCUGGAUUUAUGUCUCCCUUUUACAUGGUUCUGCAGAAUGUUUGUCUUCGAAUUUAACCCAGAAUCAGCUCCCAAAUGUGACUCUGUUUUCAGAGGAGGACAAGGGCAGGGAUUCAUCAUUUCUUCAACUGAGAGCCAGUAUACCAUCCUACUUUCAUCCUAUCCGCCCUUACACCUUGCUGACAAGCACUGAAGACAGCCGAUACAUGCCUAAACCGAGGCAUCGCCGCCCUGCUCACCUCCUGCGUCUUCUGGGUCCCUCUUUUGAUCAGUUUUGGAUGUCAAUAGAGGAGCCAUCUGAUGCCUCUGGGGGUCAUGAAGGUAAAUCUUUGAUACAUGGUGACUCACUGCCUGACAAAUUGUCCAGCAAAAGCACUGCCGGAGAGAAGUUUAACCUGAGUGCUUCUCCAGAGCUAAGAGAGGCAGCAGCAAACCAUCGCCAGAGGCUGGAAAAAGAGGCUGCAGAUCUGAACCUCAGCUCUCUGCCCUCACAUGUUGCCAGACAUGUCAGAAACUGGUUAGCGCAAUCAGCUGCCUGUGAAUUAAGCUACCAGUGGGUGGAUCUGGGUCCUGCUUUCUGGCCACGUUGGCUGCGGCAGACAGAUUGCAGAAGAUCAGAUGGAGUAAGUUGCUCUUUUCCCAGCGGGAUGGAGUGUGUGCGAGCUGACACAACUCACAUACGGAUUCUGGUCUGGAACUGCUUGGAGAUAAGAGGGAGAGGUGAUGGGUCCAAAACAAUCAAAAAUGAACUUUCUGAUGGCGGCACUGAAGUGGUGACCAGUGAAGUCACUAAAAGAUGUUCAUGGAGGCAGGUGCCCUAUCCUGUGGUCACAGCUUGUAAAUGCUCAUGCAGAUGA